UUCUCGUCUAGUUUCUUCUCUAUGUCCUCCUCUCUUUCCUCAUCAUGUAAAUUACAGAGACGAAUUCAACUCAGUGGGUUGCACAAGGCUGGUGAUUUGGUUCUGGGUGGGCUGUUUGAGAUCCACUACAUACCAGUCUUCCCUGAGUGGGAAUUCACUUCAGAACCAGAAGAUCCCACCUGUAAAGGCUUUGACUAUCAGGGGUUCAGGCUGGCCAUGGCGAUGGUCUUUGCUCUUGAUGAAAUCAACAAAAACUCCAAUCUGCUACCUAAUGUGACUCUGGGAUACAGUCUUUUUGAUAACUGUGGUGCACUUGUUACUGGAUUUGGUGCUGCUUUGGUGCUGGCCAGUGGUCAAGAGGAGCAGUUUCUGCUGAAGGAGAACUGUUCAGGGACCCCAUCAGUUGUGGGGAUUGUGGGUGAUACCUAUUCAUCAUUUUCUAUCGCCAGCUCUAGUGUGCUGGGUUUAUUCAGAUUGCCCAUGGUGAGUUAUUAUGCCACAUGUUCCUGCCUGAGUGAUCGGCAACGGUUUCCAACCUUCUUUAGAACAAUCCCAAGUGAUGCUUUCCAGGUGCGUGCCAUGAUUCAGAUUCUGAAGCACUUUGGCUGGACUUGGGUGGGUCUUCUGGUCAGUGAUGAUGACUAUGGACUCCAUGUUGCACAAUCCUUUCAGUCUGACCUGGCUCAGUCUGGUGGAGGUUGUCUUGCAUACUCAGAGGUUUUGCCCUGGGGCAAUGACCCAGCACAAUUUAGGAGGAUUGUGAAUGUGAUGAAAAAAUCAACAGCUCGUGUUGUCAUGGUGUUUGCAAUGGAGAUCCAAAUUCAUCAACUAAUGGAGGAGGUGGUGAGGCAGAAUGUGACAGGCCUGCAGUGGAUAGCCAGUGAAGCUUGGACAUCAGGUGGGAUUCUCCUUACACCUGAUUUCAUGCCGUACCUGAGUGGCACACUGGGCAUUGCCAUUAGGCAAGGAGAGAUAUCAGGGUUCAAGGACUUCCUCUUCAAAAUACGUCCAAAUCAACACCACAGCAACGAUGGAAACAGCAUAAUCAAUCAGUUUUGGGAAGAAAUGUUUCAGUGUAAAUUUGCGCCUCUUCCAGAAAGCUGGUUGAAAGCUGGGGGAGCACUUUGCACUGGACGGGAGGAUCUACUUAAUGUGGAAAAUGAGUUGUUUGAUGUGUCAGAACUCAGGCCUGAGUACAAUGUUUACAAGGCUGUGUAUGCUCUGGCCUAUGCACUCGAUGACAUGCUGCACUGUGUACCAGGAAGAGGACCUUUCAGCGGGCACAGCUGUGCCACUCUGCAAAACCUGGAGCCAUGGCAGAUGGUGUACUAUUUGGAUAAAGUAAACUUCAGCACAGCUUUUGGUGACCAAGUGUCAUUUGAUGCGAAUGGUGAUGCUUUACCAAUAUAUGACGUCAUGAACUGGCUGUGGCUCCCUGAUGGACGGACAAAGAUUCAGAAUGUGGGUGAGGUUAAAGAGUCCGCCAAAGGCGAAGAACUCAAUCUUGAUGGGGACAAAAUCUUAUGGAACUCUGAAUACAAACAGCCCCCCCGGUCAGUGUGCAGCGAGAGCUGUCCUCCAGGUACCCGCAUGGCCAGAAAGAAAGGACAACCUGAGUGCUGCUUUGACUGCAUCCCUUGUUCUGAGGGAAAGAUCAGCAAUGAAACAGACUCCAUGGAGUGCACCAGUUGUCCAGAGGACUUCUGGUCCAGCCCCCAGCGUGACCACUGUGUUCCUAAGAAAACUGAGUUCCUCUCCUACCAUGAGCCUCUGGGUAUCUGCCUGACAACUGCCUCAUUGUUGGGCACAUUUAUCUGUUUUGUAGUCCUGGGAAUCUUCACAUAUUUUCGCAGUACCCCCAUGGUACGCGCCAACAAUUCAGAACUGAGUUUCCUGCUCUUGGUGUCACUUAAGUUAUGUUUCCUGUGUUCACUGCUGUUUAUCGGUCGUCCCAGACUGUGGACAUGCCAACUGAGACAUGCAGCAUUUGGGAUCAGCUUUGUGCUUUCUGUCUCGUGUAUUCUGGUGAAAACCAUGGUGGUUCUGGCUGUGUUUAAGGCCUCCAAACCAGGAGGUGGAACCAGUCUGAAGUGGUUUGGUGCUGUGCAGCAGAGAGGAACAGUUCUGGUUCUUACUUCCAUUCAGGCAGCAAUCUGCACUGCUUGGCUUGUCUCUGCUUCACCAGCUCCUCAUAAAAACACUCAAUACCACAAUGACAAGAUAGUUUAUGAAUGUGUAGUCGGGUCCACAGCUGGUUUUGCAGUAUUACUUGGCUAUAUUGGCUUACUGGCUAUCCUAAGCUUCCUUUUAGCAUUCCUUGCAAGGAAUCUUCCAGACAACUUCAAUGAGGCCAAACUCAUCACCUUCAGCAUCCUGAUCUUCUGUGCUGUGUGGGUGGCCUUUGUUCCUGCUUAUGUCAACUCUCCAGGAAAAUAUGCAGAUGCAGUGGAGGUAUUUGCUAUCUUGGCCUCCAGUUUUGGUCUCUUGGUGGCUCUGUUUGGACCCAAAUGUUACAUAAUUCUUCUGAGACCAGAGAGGAACACAAAGAAAGCAAUCAUGGGUCGUGGAACCACAAAGUCAUAA